AUGGCUACACCGUCGUCGAUUCCACAACCACCGCUUCCUCUCGCCGGCCGAGUCGCAAUUGUCACCGGCUCUUCUCGUGGUAUUGGACGAGCUAUAGCGAUUCACCUCGCUGAACUCGGUGCGAGGAUUGUCGUCAAUUACACCUCUAAAUCCACUGACGCCGAGCGUGUAGCGGCGGAGAUCAACGAUUUUCCGGCGAGUGAAGAAAUCACCGGAAAGGGACGAAGAGCGAUUGUGGUUCAAGCCAAUGUCUCUGAGCCAAGCCAGGUGAAAUCGCUGUUUGAUGCGGCGGAGAGUGCAUUUGAGUCGCCGGUUCACAUUCUGGUUAACUCGGCUGGAGUCCUAGAUGCUAAAUACCCCCACGGUUGCUGA